ACCGCGAGAGGCGCUUGUAAACAGACAGCCGAGCCGGGAUGGUCGGCGGCCGGCCGGACGCGCUGUCAUCCAGGCGGGGUUGCGGCGGAAGCCGAGCCCUGGCCGGCAGCAGACGGCAGGCCCGGCAGGUGGAAGGAGAGAAGCGGCCGGCGGCCCGGGAAUUAAGGAUUGCCAUGGCAUUGUUCUGACAAGCACCUCCUGCUGUCUUUACUGAAGUCUUAAUGAAGAAUAAUCUCAAAGGAACAUUUGUCUCCCCAUUCCUUUGUUAAUUGCCAUUAGCUGCUAGCAGAAUCUUUUAAUGACCAGGAAAACAUCAGCCAUCCUUGUGCUUAGCCUCCUCCAAGCAGCCGAAUGAAGGUUUCUUCCAGUUGUUUCCAGAACUGUAUUUUUGAGGCACCUCUCACUGUGGGGUGAAUGUUCACAAAGCCCUUUCCUCAACCAUCUUAGGAGGCAUAGGCCUCCGGGGGCCUGUGACAUGGAAGCUUUGGAAGUGGAUGAUAUCAGCCCGGCCUUGGAAGUUACUGAGGACUUCUUUAGUACUUUUGAUAGUAAGCUGGAGAAGGCUGUCCAGCAAGCAGAGGUUUAUGGGAUUCAGGAAGUCCCUGAACUGGUGGGACACGAGGUACCCAGUAACCUAACAGACAAUGGUGCUAUCAGAAAUGCUGCCUCCCUGGGCAAGGGGGGCAUGAUUUGGGACCACUGUGAGAGCGGGCUCCUAGAAACCAAAGCUCAGAAUGUCUUCCCUGCCAAAGAACAAUUUAUGGUCCAGAAAGGGACAACCCCAGAUAACCUUUCCUGGAUGGAACAAAAAGAAGCAUCAACCUUUAAUUUUUUCAACAUCUGUCAGCGUCGGAGGGACAGACCUCGUUCUGUGAAUGACUUGUUGGAUGAGACCUCUACUUUCAAGCCAGGACAUGCUCGAUCAAGGUCAGAUGUUACCCAGGUGGACUGGAGGGUAGUCCUCAAGCCCACACCUUUGCAGCAACAGGCCGCUCUCCAGGGCCCUCCCUUCACCAAGCCGUCCUUCCUGUCAUCCUCCCCAAAUAAGGUAGAAGAUGCUCAAGGAAAUACUGAACACAAGCAGGCAUUCCCAAACAUCCUGAAGAAGGGUUACCUGGAGGUGAGGAAGGACCACGACAAUUACUGGCAAAGCUGUUAUGCAGAACUCUCCCCGUACAGCUUACACUUCUACAGCCUUGACAGCAGCGGGAAUCAAAACCUCUAUGCCACAUACCAGCUUGCACACUUUCAGAGCAUAUCUGUUUUGGGGAACCUGGAGGCCAGACUUGUGGAUACCGUUCUGUAUGACAACACCCAGCUACAGCUAAAGGCAGAGUCACCGUGGGAGGCUUUGGACUGGGGGCAGAAGCUUUGGGAGGUCGUGCAUGCUGCUGUUCCUGGCUAUGUGAGACGGCAGGAUGAGCUGGCAGACUCCCCAGGGCUCAGCCAUCAUGUCACCUGUACUCAGAAUCAUUGUUUACAGAAGAAAUCCAGUGAGCUGCUCACACCAUCCCCUGUCUCGGAGAGCCCCAAACAGUACCAAAACAUCCUCAAGUCAGGGACACUCUACAGGCUAACUGUCCAAAACAACUGGAAGGCAUUUACCUUUGUGUUGAGCAGGGCCUACCUUAUGGCUUUUCAGCCUGGCAAGCUAGAUGAGGAUCCCCUGCUCAGCUACAAUGUGGAUGUGUGUCUGGCUGUCCAGAUGGACAACCUGGAUGACUGUGACUCUUGUUUUCAAGUUAUUUUCCCCCAAGAUGUCCUCCGCCUCCGUGCUGAGACCCGGCAGAGGGCUCAGGAGUGGAUGGAGGCUCUGAAAACAGCUGCCAAUGUAGCGAGGAGCUCAGAACAAAACCUGCAAGUCACACUGAGGAGCAAACCCAUGGAUCAGAUGGGUGGGCAUGAGCUCAGGAAGAACAAACGUCAGUCUGUGACCACCAGCUUCCUCAGCAUUCUGACAACUUUAUCUUUGGAACGAGGACUCACUGCUCAGAGUUUCAAGUGUGCAGGAUGCCAGCGGUCCAUCGGCCUUUCCAACGGGAAAGCCAAGGUGUGCAAUUACAGCGGGUGGUACUACUGCAGUGGCUGCCACGUGGACGACAGCUUUCUCAUCCCGGCGCGCAUAGUCCACAACUGGGACACUUCAAAAUAUAAGGUGUCUAAGCAGGCCAAAGAGUUUCUGGAGUAUGUGUAUGAAGAGCCCCUGAUCGACAUCCAGCAGGAGAACCCCAUGCUGUACCGACACGCUGAGCCACUGGCCACUGUGGUGCGGCUGCGGCAGCGACUGAAGUCGCUACGGGCCUAUUUGUUCAGCUGCCGGGCAGCCGUAGCCGAGGAUCUGCGCCGCAGGGUCUUCCCCAGAGAAUACCUCUUUCAACAGAUCCACCUGUAUUCCCUCUCUGAUCUGCAGCAGGAGUCCGUUAAAAGAAAUAAUCAUGGAAACUCUCAGAACACCUCAAACUGCUGUGGUCCUGUACUUUGUUUGUGGUUGUUUGCCUCUCUGGUUGUUUUACCCAGACGGAAUGAGGUCAAUGUCAAAACUGGUUCAGAUACUUCAGUCAUUUUUCAAGACAAAAAGAAAUAACCUUAAAAUAAAUUAAAACGUAAGACUUUUAUGUUCUCUAUGUCCCUGCGGGGUAGGAAAGUUAUUUUAAAUGGCAGAAAUCAUCUUACAGCAUUUAGUUGGAGGUAUCUGAGAGAAUACUAGGGUUUUAAUUUCUAUGUGUGCAUCAAGUUUAACCUAUUUGCACAUAGCAGCUCCCACCCGCUCCAUCAGUCUUGCCUGCCCUUUACUACAUAAUCAAGCAGCCUUGGUCUGCUAUCUGGGGUAGAAAGGGAUAUAUUUUUUAAUUAUGAUUGCCCAGUGGCAUUCAAGAGGAAGAAUCAAUUCAAAUACUCAUUAUAGCAUUUAUCUAUUUUCUAAGACUCUACCUGAUCAUAGCAUUAGAAGACCCAGACUUAUUGCUUGAGAAGUGUGUUCAAAGGCCCCGACAUACUCUUAAAAAGGAGGUUUAAAAUAGAAUAGGUGGGAUCUACAGUGAGUACUCUUUGAGGAAGCCUUUUUGAUACCAGAUGAAGAGAAAGAAUCAGAGUAAUUCCAUAUUCAUUUUAGGGUGUCAAAGUAGUGUGUCCAUUUGGCAUAGUAGAUCCUGCUCUUUAAAACUUUCCUAUACCCUGCUGCCUUUUUUUUUUUUCCUUUUCUUUUUUUCUCCCCCUUGUAAUAAUCAAACCAUACAUGCCAAGCAGCUUACUUAAAUCAGUGGCAGCGGUAUUCUUGGUGGGCCAGGCCAUUAGCCCCCAGAGCCCCAUAAGCAGCUUAAUCAGUUUUCAGUCUCAGUAGUAAAGUGAUGGAGGCAAUCAACAGCUUAUCAAACUCCCUGUGGGAGGGGGCGUCUAGAGCUCAGGCAUCCAUUUACUCAACAACUAACCCUAACCUGGUUCUUUGUGCCUGGCUUUAAGAUCCCCAAACUUACCAUAUUUAGAGGAAGUUUAACUCAAUUACUUUUUCUGCCUGAGGUGGGUUAAAUUGGAUCUAGCAUUUGAUCUGUCUACAUCGAGGCUAUCACUACUGGGCGGCCCUCCUCCCUCCUGUUUUCCCUCAGUUUCUGAGUAGAUUUCAGGCAUGUUUUCUGUAUCUGAACCGUUCUUGCAAAUAUAUAAGAGAAGGGAACACAGGAGAAAAAAAACCCAAAUACUAUUGCUUUGUGAAAGCAGCCGCUGCAGGCUAACUGGCCUGACGGCUGGGCGGUUCUGUACCAUUUCGGCCUCUGGCUGGCUGCUUCCUCAUUCUCUUUCAUGUCAGCCCCACAAGUUUCCCCCCAUUUCAUUUUCCACCUCACUCCUAAAAUAAAGGACUCCUAAAAUAAAAGCACCUUUCUACCAUAUAAAAUACCUAUAGAAAAAUGAAUUUCAGUUUAUAAAUUUUGCAGGGGAGAGGAAGAUAAACUAACUGAAGAGUUAAAGGUCUUGAAUAAUGAUAAUAUAUCAUUCCUAAAGGCAUAGAUUCCUUUCUACAAAUUUCUCUAAAAUGAAUUUGAUUUUUCCCAUUAGCUUUCAUUUAAAAAACAAAUGUAAACAUUUUCCUCUCCAAAGAGGAAAAAAAGAUAAGAAUUUAACAAACAUGGUAAAGGGGGAUUUAUAAUUUAAGUAUGUAUAACCUUAAAAUAAUACAGUGUAUAAAACAUUAAUAAUACCUAAAAUAAAAA